AUGAAAUCGGAUGGCUUGUUGACGCUACUAAAUCAAGAUGAUGAUAAAACUGCUCUCCAAGUGAGAGAUUUGGCCGGCCAUUGGAUAUCAGCUAUUCCAAUCCCAGGAUCAUUUAUAUGCAACAUCGGCGACAUGUUAAAGAUUCUUUCAAACGGAGUAUUCGAAUCCACGCUUCAUAGAGUGAUCAAUAACUCUCCUCGAUACCGUGUAUGCAUCGCAUUCUUCUGCGAGGUAUGA